CGAGAGAGGCACUGACAUGGCAGGUAUUGUCCAUCGCUAUCACCAUUUUGGUGGAAGAGGAUACCGUCAAAGGGUGUAUGUUGAGCAUGCACAAGCACUGGAGCAAUACACCACUGAAGAACUGUAUGCUCGCUUUCGCUUUGGGAAUGCUCCUAUUAAGUACAUUGCAGACCUUGUCAGGCCAAAACGUCAAUGGAGAACCCGAAGGAGUCACAGUCUGUCUGUGGAAAAACAGGUCCUCAUUGGUCUGCGUUUCUAUGCAUCUGGGACUUUCUACCAAGUAGUUGGUGACAAUAUAGGAGUGGACAAAUCAACUGUGAGUGAUGUAGUAAAAGCUGUGUCAAUUGCAUUGGCCGGCCUGGUCAAUCAGUUUGUUUCACUUCCAAAGGAUGUCCAGAUUGCCCAGACAAAGCACAAGUUUUUUCUUUUGGGGAACAUGUCCAAUACUAUUGGGGUUAUUGACUGCACUCAUGUGCAUAUCCAAGCACCUCAUGAGAGGGAUUGGGAGUACAUCAACCAAAAGAGGAACAACAUCAACAACAAACUUGUGGGGGAUGCUGACCUCAUCAUCACAAACUGUGUCGUGAAGUGGCCUGGGUCUGUUUAUGAUGCACGUAUCCUGAGAGAGAGUGCUUUAUACAGAGAGCUCCAAACCAACCGACUGGAUGGCAUAAUAUCAGGAGACGGUACCUAUCCACUCCUACCAUGGCUGAUGACUCCUUUUCUUGCAGCAACCACACCUGCGCAGGCAUGCUUCAACACUGCUCAUUGCAAAACAAGAUGUGCAAUUGAGCGUUUAAAAGGAGUUCUGAAGAGACGCUUUGCAUGCCUCAACUACUUGCGAGUGGAACCACAGGGAGCAUGCAACAUAAUACUAGCGUGUAUCGUCCUGCACAACAUCGCUACCAGGCGCAAUGUCCCUCUCUGUGAUGAUGUUUAUGAUGUACCUGAGCCUGUUGAAGAACCAGACCAACCUCUGGCAUUCUGUCAGAAUGAGGGACUGACUGGACGUAUAGUAAGGGUUGCAAUUGUUAGACAUUAUUUUUGACAGGGUCAUCUCUGAUGAU